UCAACUAUUUCCUUGGAAUGUACAUAAUCUCGCGAAAAUAGCAACAUGACAAGACUUUAUAAAAAGCUAAAUGCUGCUUUCCCAAAAGAGUAUAAUUUUUAUCCAAAAUCAUGGGUUUGUCCAGUAGAUAUGCACGAACUCAGAGAGUUUUGCUGUAGCAAGAAGCGUCCACCAAUGCUGAUCUGAAAACCCGAAGCUUCGUGACAAGGAAGAGGGAUUAUCCUCACAAAGAAAAUAGAGGAUGUUCCUAAGGACAAAAUUUUUGUUGUACAGAAAUACAUCAAGAAGCCUUUCUUAAUUAACGAAUUCAAAUUUGACUUGCGAAUUUAUGUUCUUAUCACAAGUUGUGACCCUCUCAGGAUAUUCUUAUUCAAGGAUGGACUAGCUAGAUUUGCCAGUGAGAAGUAUAGACCCAUCCAGUCAAAGAAAACUAAAAAUUAUUGAAAAGCAAGUGAAGAAGAUGAUGAAGAAUCUCAUAAAAGAAGUAUCAUCUCAGUGUUCAACAGCCUUGAAGAAGAUGGUGUUGAUAUUGACAAAAUAUGGAUAGACAUCAAGGACAUCAUAUGUAAGACCGUUGUGGGUGUCCAACCUGAGCUAGCCCAUAUUUAUAAGGCAUCUAACCCUUCUGAUAAAUUGGGACAAAUGUGAUUUCAAAUUCUAGGUUUUGAUGUCAUGCUGGAUUCAAACCUUAAAUCAUGGUUGCUUGAAGUAAACAGCACACCCUCAUACAACACCGAUUCUCCUUUAGACAAGCAGAUCAAGGGAGACCUCAUCAGAGAUACGUUCAAAAUCCUUGGAGUGUCCCAACAAGACAGGAGGAUAGUAAAAACAAUGGAGAAAUAUGAAAAAAAAAAGCGUGAAAACAACACCGAAGAGGAGCAACUAAAACUUGAAGAAGACAGUAAGGCCUUCUACCAAAAAUGCCUUGCUAAGAAGAUAAAUCACGAAGAAAAUAAUCUUGGAGGAUUUGAAAAAAUUUUCCCACCUAAGGAUGAGGCCAAGAUGAAGACGUACACUGAAAUCAUGAAGAAAGCAACCAGCCUGUUCAUUGAGUCUACAGGGACUAAACCGAAGAAUGUACAGAAGGACAAGAAGGACAAGAAGGACCAGAAGUUAGCCUCCAAGAUUGACAAGAAGGGGAAGGAUCAUCUGAUUUCUCCCUUCAAAAAGAUCUACAAUCACUCGAAAGAUAUGGGAAAGCUGAAGAUUAAGAACAAGAGCAAAUCUGCUGUCCAGACUACUGUGAAGAAGAGGCUUGAUUCAUGUGAGAAUAGAGCACAGAAGGACAAUUUUGUCAAGGAAACCAUCAUUGAUAAAGACUUCCCUGCAGAAGAGAUUUGCUUCUCCACUUACAAGAAGGAAAAAUUUAGAGAGCUUCACUCGCCUAUUGGGUUACAUGAUCGUAACUGAAUUUCCCCAGGAAAUGACUUCAAAAGUAAAAGCAACAUUUUAGUUGGCAAUGGGAACAAUUUGGCAGAGUCAGAAUAUCUACAAUGUAUCGAGAAACCAGCACACAAGUUAAGUAAGGUCUGAACGACUGGAAAUAUUGAAAAUUAUGAGAAGCAAGUCUCUAAAGUACCUACAUCACUAUUUGGGGAAAGCAGCAGUUUUUGUGAGAAUACUCCAAAGAAAUACUUUGAUAAAGAAGAGCAAGUUUCCAAGUGAAAUACUAUCUUUGAUGAUUUCUCAACAGUUAAUCAAAGAGUGCAGAGUGUUGUGAAGUUCUCAGAUCUUGAUUGGUCAACCAGUCCAGAGAAGAGGCCAUGAGACUCCAACAUUUUCCUCCAAAAAGAAGAUAUCCAAAAAUUUCCCUGAACAACUACAGUAACGCAGCCAAUUCCCUGUGUGGUCGAGAAGCCACACCAGAAAUUGCAUACAAGAGUUUCGGAGAACCAAUGACAGAGAAAACGAUCUGUCCAGUCAAGCAAUAAUAUUGAAGCAAAGGUCGAAGAGAGGCAGAAUAUUGACACAGAGAAAGAGCAGUGCUAUCAAGCAGGGGAUAAAAGCCUUUAUAAGCGCGAUUGCAAGUCCAAUAGUGCCUCGAGGACGAAGAUUCUUCCAUGUAAGAGUCAAGCACAUGGAGAGGGAUAUAAGCGCACGGCACUUAACCAGUACGUGAAAAAGUAUAAGGUAUCAAAGAAGGAUGCCCAACGGCCGCCUAAUAAGAAUGGGAAGGCCAGUAUGUUGAUUGAUUUUUGAUCACUUUAUUUGAAUAAGGAUCAGAUUUCUCUCAAGAACACCACGAAAGGUUCGAAAGAGAUUUAUUCCUACUUGCCAAAUUUAAAUCACAGUAAAGACUUAAAAACUAAGAAGGUGAUUCCGGGAAGUUUUAAGAAUAAGACUAAAAUAUCUGAUAAGAGGAGUCAUCUAGGUCCAUCAUUCAAUCGUCAAAGCACUAUUGCUUAUAACUACCUCAACUCAAGUAUGAGAAAGCGGUCGAAUAAUCUUGACAAGCUUCAUGAGUUUGAGAACUAUCUUCUUAUUAAGCAAAAGCAGACCCAUGAAAUCUCUGCUCGAAGGGAGAAGCACAUCAGUAAUCUCAGAGAUAAAUCAUGCCGAGGAAGCAAGAUCAAAAAAGAGUAUACCGGACUUGCCUCUAGAGUGCUCUUAAACGGUAGCAAUAAGAGUUAUGCCCCCUGAGCAAUUACAAAAGGAUUUCCAGAUCUAAAUUCUAAAUAA